CUGAACCUUUCUGGAUCCUUCAUGCACCGCUUCCCCUUCUUUCCGCACAACUGUUUUAUUUCUCUUUCUUCCCCUCGAUUCCGGCCGAAUAAGAUGGCGGCGGCCGCGCGCCUCCUCACGCGAAUCUCUAAGCGGGCCGUCCCCUCUGUGGCGCUUGCGGGGGCGGCGAGGCGGCGGCCGGAGGCGGCGUCGCUCCUGGGGGCGUCUGUGCUAGCGGCGGUGGAGCCCUGCGCUUCGAUCAAGGUCAUUCCUUUGUUGAAUCAGCUGGCUCCAUACUCGACAUCUGCAUUUCAGAGGUUUGGGUUUUCAACUUCAGCCCCACAACAAGAUGAUAAGGAGACAAACAAACACACAGAUGAUGGGGUUAAUAAAAGCGUUGGAGUGAGUACUGAAGCUUCAAGUGAAGCCAAUAAUGUGCCUGGAACCGAGAAGGCACAGGAAGCAGGUUCACUUAAUUCUGUAUCCUGGUCUAACAGGAAGAGGAGAACUACUAAACGAACUGCAUUUUCUGAUUCAGAUUCAGAAGACCUAGACCUAUCAAAAGAGGACCUUGUGAAGCUGCUUCUUGAGAAAGAUGAAUCACUGAAGUCUAAAGAUGAAGAGUUUAAAGAUAUGAAGGAUAAGGUUCUACGCAGCUAUGCUGAGAUGGAGAAUGUCCUUGCCAGAACAAAGCGUGAGUCAGAGAACACCAAGAAGUAUGCUAUACAGAGCUUCUCCAAGAGCUUAUUAGAUGUUGCAGACAAUUUGUCUCGGGCGUCAUCUGUUGUCAAGGAAAGUUUCUCAAAGAUAGAUUGUUCUAACAAUUCUGAUGAAGCUGUACCACUACUGAAAACCCUACUAGAGGGUGUUGAGAUGACUGAGAAGCAGCUUGGAGAGGUUUUCAAGAAGUUUGGAGUUCAAAAGUUUGAUCCUUUGAAUGAGAAGUUUGAUCCAAACAGGCACUAUGCCUUUUUCCAAAUUCCUGAUCCUUCAAAACCAUCGGGGACUGUUGCUGCUGUUGUGAAGGUUGGCUACAUGUUACAUGAUCGUGUUCUUCGCCCGGCUGAAGUCGGUGUCACUGAAGGUGGUCCAACUGAAGAGCCAGAGGAAAAAUCUAGCUAAUAAACUGAGGAUGCUGGCUGCACGCAUCAAUGACUACUGUCCUUUUUUUGUUGGAUAAGCAUACAUCAUAUCAUAGGCUAUGUUCUGACUAGAUCUGUGAGACAAAUCACCAUUUUUGUAGUAUGUUCAACGAGCCAAUUUGUUGAAGCUAGUCCAGAAUUCUCUUUUUUCUUGGUCGGUAAUAAAAACGAGAUUGUAGAACAUGUACAUUACUGAAAUUGCUUGCCAAAGACGGAUUAUUGCAGCCUGCAUUAAUAGGAAUACUGAGAAUGAGCA